AUGUCAAAACAAAAUUGAAAAAACUUAAACGAACACAAAGCGAAGUAUAUUCGUAAUUUAUUUCAUACAAAGGGAAACCACGAAAAUUCUUUUUACGAUUAAAAAAAGCAUGGAAAGUGGAAAAAGAAACUAUUGAAAUUGUAGUUUGCUGUAAUAUGGACGAAUUUAAUUUUGCUAAUGGCGUUCCCGCUGUGCUUACACGCCAUAUAGUGCUGCAAAAAUAUGUGAAUGCGCUUCGCCACUUUCGUAAUUUAUCUGAAAACUCAUUCCAAAUACGACCCUUUUAUUUCGAUAAUUACGUGUUGUGGCAGUAUUUUCAACAACAAAGCUCACUGGAAACGGAUCGCGAUUUGGAUAUAAGAAACUACUCAACACCAUCGUCUUUAGCAUUUCUUAAAUUAGAGCUGCUCAGUCAGAUCCUUGAUCGCCGUCGCCAAAUUCUUUAUUGGCUGUUUUAUCUUAUGCUAGUUUCACUGUGCGUAUUUGCUUAUCGCCAUCGGAAUGACUCACCAUACACCGAAGCAUCAUUGUCAGCACCAGGAGAACAGAGUGUUCAUUCAUUUGUUUAUCCCAGCAUGCGAAUGUGGCGUCGCAUUACACUGCCAUUGUUGCAACGUUUUCCACGACUUACAGAAUUGUACGACGAGUCGUGCCUCAUGCAAAAUCCUUUCUUCCAAGGUGUAAAUGCACUCAAUUGUGAUCCUUGUUCCAAUGUAGAAAGUGUACUUGAUUUAACAGCGGAGACAGCAGUACAUUAUGAGGACUCUAACAAUUCUCAAAAUGAGCGCAGUAAAAAGGACAGUACAGCCGAUAUGUCAAAUGAGUUUGUGCCUUUUGUAUUUAAGAUAAAACAAGAACCAAUUCAGCUCGAGGAUUUCUAUAAUGUUUAUGUCAACAAUCAUGAGAUCUUCCUGCGUGACGCUUAUCGCGUGCAAUCGACUAAUCGUGAUGUGACCAACCUUGAGGAGCUCUUCACCAAAUUCAAUCACUCACAACAUAAAGAGGAGUCCAUGCAUAACUUAGAGACGCAUAACAUGUGGCGCUGUAAUCGCAUGUUGCCGGCACGCCUAUUGCGUAAACUGUUUGCAAGUCCAACCUUGCGUCUGACCCGUACCGGCAUAGCGCUGGAGCGGUACAUGGCCAUCGAUACAGCUCAAGCUCCCGCGUACACCUUGCCCGACACCGAAUGUGCAAAUGUAUACGUGCAGCAAGCGCUUGGAACUCGUUAUAUUUUUCUGCGUCCAACAAGUGAAUGUCGACAUCGUUGCCGAACAUUGUCAUUACGUUUACCACAAUCUUUCGUCCUCAGCUACAAUUGGCAAUAUUGGAAACCAAUUUCUGCCCCUGACCCUAUACACGAUUCGUACUCAAUUACACUAAUUGGGUCUUAUUGUUAAGGUCCUGUGUCAUAUUUACUCAUAUUUUUACGUCUAAAACCGGAGCGGAAACCCGAGUCACACUAACACAAUUUAUCCAUCUACAUACGAAGGUCGUUUAAGAAAAUGGUACUCCACCUCAUUCAUCCAUUCAUGGAGAAAAUAUACAUUUCAAUAUUCAUAAGUAAUACAAAUGACUCUAGGGAAAUGGAUUAAGUAUGAACUCUCAUAUGAAAAAUAAAUCUAUGUUCUCAACAUUUAAUAAUGCAUUAACAUCCAGAAGAAUUAAUAGUAACACUUCUUUAAAUGCUUUCAGAAUAAUCAAAAAGUUAGUCGAAAUGUGGAUUCAAUUUAUCACGCGAAAGAGUUUAAUAGGCAUUUAGCUAAUAAAUAUUUUUUAGUUGUGAAAAUAAAAAAAUUGGGCAAAUCCAGAGCUUAUUAAAAUAUCCGAUUCGAAAUCGAUCAUUUUGUUCGCAUUUGUCAUGAAAAUAUUCAGAAAAGGAGUCAUGUAAAGGAUUAAUUACAGAUCUAAGGUAAUUUACAAUUGUACACUUGAACGGGAUCUUGAACUCCAACCUUUAUUUUAAACUAAAUUUUUUAAACAAAUACCUCUGGACUAUUGCAUAAUACAACAUUAAAAGCAAAGGAUUAUAUUUCAUUUUAAAAUUAUUAGAAGUUACUUUAACUAAGCAAACGUGUAUAUGUAAAACCCCUUGUAUUAUCUGAAAAGAAAAGGUUAAUGUUUUCCUUGGUCGCGGAAAUGUGUUCAAUAAGAUUAAGAAAGAUGCUCAAUUAAUCCUUAGAGAAUUCAAUUUAACGUCAUGUGUGCCAAUACUUUCCCCUUCUCACUAAUUAUUGACAUAUACCCCAAUAUUUUACUUAUAUACAUAUAAAUAUAUGUAUGUUUAUGUAUUACUAGAAUUGAGUUGAAUAUAUUUUGCAAAAAUUAAACAAAAACUAAUUAUUACUUUGCUUUCAAUGGGUCGAUAUUAAUUUUCACAUUUUCAUUUCGG